AUGUUGAAGCAUUUUCGUGGAAGGAAGAACCGCUGUUACAAGCUGGCAGUACGAAGUGUUCGGAGAGCUUUUGUGAAGUCCACGAAGGCCAGAAGAGAGAAGAAGAGAUUCCUAAGAGCGCUCUGGAUCACAAGGAUUGAAGCAGCUUCCCUUGAACAUGGUUUGAAAUACCCAGCUUUUAUAAGCAAUCUGAUUAAGUCUCAGGUGGAGCUGAACAGGAAAAUGAUUGCUGAUUUAGCUAUUUAUGAGCCAAAGACAUUCAAGUCCCUAGCUGCUUUAGCCCAGAGAAGGAGACAAGAAGGCUUCCUUGCUGCUCUUGGAGAUGGAAAAGAACCAGAGGGGAUAUUUUCACGUAUUGUGCAUCACUAUUGAUAGCAAAAUAAUUGGUGGAUGCGCAUUGUAAACAGGAACUGCAGAGGCUGCUGUGAAACUUGUGCCUGUGGAGCAAAAUUCUCCAAAGCUGCCUCUAACAAGGAGGGAAGAGGGGGCAAGUCUUAGACAGGAAGCUUGUGUUUCUGUCUUUUUCUUUCUUCCUCCUCCCCGUGUUGUUCUGACUAAAACCCAUGGGUUUAAAAAUUGCCAUCCAAAGUUGGUGGCAAGCCAAGCCUAUAGAAGUUACAUGUUAAUGAGAUACACAUUAUGGAUAUUUCUUCUGUUAAGGAGUUAAUAAAGAUUUUUUUU